AUAAAGGAAUAAAUCCUGACUCACUGCAGGUGAAGUGGUGUUGAGCGCACAUUGCUCCUUGACAGUCUGAGGCUGGUACUGUUGAUGAAAAUCACGAGAGGCAUCCUGGAUAACCGGUCAAGAUGGACGAGGAGUUUGAGAAAGGCCGCAUCAAGGAGCUUCAGCAGCAACGGAUGGCUGUGCAAAAAAAGACUUUCACCAAUUGGAUAAACCAGAUAUUUCAAAAAAACAAGGUGAAGGCUUUUGUGAAUGACUUGUACACUGACCUGAAAGAUGGAAUCAUCCUCAUUAGUCUGUUGGAACUCAUCUCAGGAGAGAAGCUAAAGAGACCCAACAGAGGUAGAAUGAGAGUUCACUACCUGGAGAACAACAGCAGAGCCAUUGCCUUUUUGAAAACCAAGAUAAAUGUGAAUUUGAUUGGGCCUGAAAAUAUAGUGGAUGGCGACCACACCCUGAUCUUGGGUUUGAUCUGGAUGAUUAUACUACGCUUUCAAAUUGCCUCCAUCACAGUUGAAGAAGAUGAGUAUGACGUCAGCAGUGCCAAGCGUUCUGCCAAGGAAGCUCUGCUGAUCUGGUGUCAGCGAAAGACUGCUGGGUAUAACAAUGUGGCCAUUCAAAACUUCUCAUCAAGCUGGAAUGAUGGAUUGGCCUUCAAUGGAAUCAUUCAUGCACACAGACCCGAUCUGAUAGCUUACGAACGUCUGAAAGAGGACAACCCAAUACAUAAUCUAAAUAAUGCCUUCAACGUCGCGGAGAAUGCACUGGGCAUUUCCACACUCCUAGAUGCUGAGGACGUUGCAGUCCCUCAUCCAGACGAGAGAUCCAUUAUGACCUACGUAUCUCAGUAUUACCAUCACUUCUCAAAAAUGAGGCAAGGACAAACUGGACAGAAAAGAGUUAUAAAGAUUGUGGAUCUCCUGAUGGAAAUUGAUGAUCUGAAACGUGAAUAUCAGUUACUGAUGUCUGACCUGCUCCACUGGAUCAAAGGAAAGAUCAGGGAGCUGAAUAACCGACAGUUCCCCAACUCACUGAAUGGCAUGCAGAAAAUGAUGGCAGACUUCAAAACCUUCCGCACUGUGGAGAAACCGCCCAAGUACCGAGAGCGGGGACUCAUCGAGGCUCAGCUCUUCAACAUCCGCACCAAACAGAGGGCCAACAAUAUGCAGCAGUAUGUGCCCCCAGAGGGGAUGGCUCUGAGUGACAUUGAGAGGCACUGGGGUGAUCUGGAGAAGGCAGAAGCCCUGAGGGAGAAGGCACUGCAGAAGGAGAUGCUGCGGCUGGAACGGCUGGAGCAGCUGGUGCAGCGGUUCAGGAAGAAGGCCAUGCUGAGGGAAGCCUACCUAGGCCAUAUGAGAUCAGUUCUGGCCAAACAGAACGUCAAUGUGGAGACCACCCAGGAGAUGGAGACUGUCACCAAGAGACUGGAGGCCAUCACAACUGAUGUGUUUGCCACAGAGCAGAGGUUUAAGGCUCUUGUUGAAAUGGCUCAGGUCAUUGAGAGAGAGAAUUACCAUGGCAAGGCUGAGGUAGUGAAGAAACAGAAGGAUGUUGAAGAUUGCUGGCAAAAUCUCCUCCAAGAACUUGAUAAACAGAAGGCCGCCCUGAAGAAGGUGGCAGCUGCACUCUUUUUAGUCCAAGAUAUAGACACCAUUUAUCAAGAGCUAAUAACUUUUCAGUCGGCGAUGAGUUCAGAAGACUGUGGCAAGCACCUGUUUGAUGUGGUGGACAUGGCACAGAAGCACAACCUGAUCGUCUCUCAGAUCUCAUAUCAUGGGGAAACCCUGAAGCACAUCAACCAGAGAGCCAGUGAUCUCAGGAGAUGCAGUGAACUAAAGACUGAUAUAGUCAAAAGGAAACUCAAGGCACUCAAUGACCUUUACAGCAAUCUCCUGGAACUCAGCAAAGCCAGACAAGCCAAACUGCAGCAGCAGCAGAUAUUGUUUGAGUUUUUCCGGGACUGCGAAGAGGAGGAGUCGUGGAUCUACGAGAAGUGGCAGCUGGUGCGAACUGCGACGUUAGGGCGUGACAUCACCCAGAUUGCAGUGUCCAUUCAAAAGCACAAGGCAAUGGAGGCUGAGUGUAACUCCCGGCAGUCUAUCUGUUUCUCAGUGGUGAGAAAGGGCCAGGAGCUUUGCCAGCAGAACCUGAGCAACAAGAGGGAGAUGAGGAAAUGGGUGGCCACUCUUCAGAAUCAAUGGCAGCAACUAAAGGAUGAGAUGUCGAACUGGCACACACGACUUCAGGCUGCUCUGACAAUAAAGCAGUACUUCACAGACAUCAAUGAGGCCCACUCCUGGCUGUUUGAGAAACAGCCUCUUGUGCAGAGUGACGAUUAUGGGAAGGAUGAGGCCAGUGCUGAGGCACUCCUGCAGCGCCACAUGCACCUAAUGAAAGAGAUUGCAGCCUAUUCCAGCGAACUGAAGAGACUGCAGGACCUGGCGACAGCAGCCGUCCAGCAAGUUCCUUUAACAGCAUGCCAGGCAGAGACCCCAGAGAAGAAGGUACCUGAGAGCUGCUCGUCCGAUGAAGGAGAAGGAUUAGAAAUCACGAAGAAAGAUCACCUUCAAGUACGUAAGACCUUUACCCGCACCAGUGUCAAUGGCUUGCAGAGCAGGACAGCUAAAGACCGCAGACAGCCAAGCAAGCAAGAGGAGAUGGGGGGUGAAUCUGCCGCUAAAGGCAGCCCGUCCCCGAGGGUCAGUAAACCACGGAGAAGCCAUUCAAUGCGCCGCGGGACGACAGAGAUCCACUAUGCUUCACAAACCGUGCCUGACGAGGACUUCAACAGGACGAAUAUCGAGAGCAGCCAGCAAAACAUUGAAUCAACAUACACCAAUCUGUGCCAGCUAGCUGAGGCCAGAAGGAAUGCCUUGCAGGAAAGGAUCCAGCUGCACCAGAUCUAUAACACCUGCAAUGACCUCAUCUCCUGGCUGAAUGACAAGGAGAAUAGUUUCAAAACUUUUGAGCCCAAUGCAAACAAUGUGGAAGUCAUGCAGAGGAAAUAUGAGAAUUUCUUGACCGAGUUGGCUGCAUGGAAAGGCCAACUGGAUGAAGUCAACCAACUGGUGGAGAACUUUUUGAAAGGCAAACACAACAAGCAUCAGGAAGUCCAGGCAAAAAUGGAGGAAAUACACAAAAGGUGGUCUGUAAUGUUGAAUUUGAAGGAGGAGAAGGAAAAGAAACUGAUCGGUACAGCUGAUGCCAAAGCAUUUCUGCAGAAGUGCCAGGAUACAUCAGCCCUGCUGCAAGACAAGCUUGCCUUGCUAUCCAUCUCUGAUCCAAGCAAAAGUAUGGUGACAGUGGAUAUUGGGAGGAGUAAGCAAUUGGUCUCUGAGCGAGAGAUUGCGUCACUGGAGAUCAGAAUCCAAUGCCUGAUCAAAAUAGCUGACUCGAUCCAGGAUACCAGCCCGAGAGAGAGUGCUGUAAUCAUGGUGCAGGUGCGUGAGGUGGAGGUGUUAUUGACAAGGGUGAAGGUAGAGACCUCAAGGAGGAAACGGGUCCUCAGAGAAGCCCGUGAUCUGCAGCAUUACAACCAGGAAAGCAAGGAGCUCCUACUGUGGGCUAACAAUGUGAAAGACAGACUGAACAGCAAGGAGAUGGGAUUUGACGUGGGUUCUGCUGAAAACCUUCUGAAAGAACAUGCUGAGCUGCUGCUGGAGAUCAACACAAAAAAAAUCAGGUUCAAGGAGCUGAAUGACUUGGGCAAUGAAGUGGUAAAGAGGAGCAGCUCCAGCGACGUUUCUCGAUUACUGCAGAAAACGAUGGACAUACAGGUGGAGCUGGAUGAGGCCUGGAAAGAACGCAAUGCUAAGCUGCAAGGUGGACUUGAGCUGCAGCAGUUUAACCGAGAGGCAGAUCGCAUUGACGCAACCCUGUCUGGUCACGAAGCCUUCCUGAAGAUCAAUGAACUUGGGGACUCCGUGGAUUCUGUGAACAGCCUACUAAAGAGACAAGUAGACUUUGAGAACGUGCUGAAACUGAUGGACCAGAGGAUUCAGGGGCUGCAGGACAGAGCAUCCAAACUCAACCAGAGCAACAAUUAUGCCAACAAAAUGAUCCAGAAGAGGGUUUUUCUCAUCAUUGACAGAUGGAACGAACUUAAGCAGAGCAGUGACUAUCGGAGGAGCAGACUAACAGAGUCACUGAAGCUGCAGGAAUUUAACAGAGACGCAGCUGAACUCCUGAUGUGGAUCGAUGAAAAGUAUGAGAUUGCCUCAGACGAAUCGUACCGAGACCCCACAAAUAUCCUUCGAAAGCUGAAGAGACAUGAGGCCAUGGAAAAGGAGGUGAUGGCAAACCAAAUCCGAGUGGAGGAAUGGAAGCAGACAGGAAACAGUCUCAUCCAUGAGGAACAUUACGCCAGGGAUCUUAUCAAAUCCCAACUUGUGGUGUUGAUCAGGAAGUGGGAAGAGCUCCUCAAUAAAAUGGGAGAACGUGGAGAUAAGAUGAGACAAGCUGGACAACAAGAACAGCUCAUGGAGUUGCUGCAGGAUGCCAAAACAAAGCUGGAACAGAUUGAGAAGAUGCUCCGGAACAAUGAGACGGGUCAUGACCUGCAGUCGAGCAAAUUCCUGCUGAAGGAACACAAGUGGCUGGAGGGUGACACGUGCGAACUUGCGAAGAAAAUGAACUGCAUUGUAAAUCGUGCCAGGAAGAUGGCCACCGGCCACUUUGAUUCACAGAGGAUACUCGAACAGACACAGAAACAUCUUGACUGGUUUGAAUCCCUCAAGGUACCCUUGGAAGAGAGAAGGGAACUCCUGGAAGCAAUGGUGGCUUUGUAUGAGUUCCAACACAACAGUGAUCUGAACGUCCAGUGGAUUGCAGAGCACAUGCCAAAUGCUUCCUCAAGCAACUAUGGCAAGUCCCUGCACACAGCACAGAGCCGGCUGUGGAAACAGAAGGAGCUGCAGGUGGAAGUGAACACCCACAAACAGCAGAUCCAGAAGGUGCUGGAGAUUGGCAAGCGUAUGAUCAGCUCCCAGCACCUCAUGGCCCAGGGCAUCGAGAGCAAGUGGAUGGAGCUCCAGACCAGCUGGGAGGGACUGGAGAGGGCCUGCGAAGACAGGAGAAAGAAGCUACAACGAUCAGUGCGGUUCCACCAGUUCCUUGCAGAUGUUUCAGAGUUGGAAGCCUGGGUCGCAGAAAAACUUCAGCUUGUUUCAAGUGAAGAUUAUGGGAAGAAUGAAGCUAUUACUCAGAAGAUGGUCAAAAACCAUAAAGCUGUGGAGAGGCAGAUCCAGAACACCUGCGCUCUCGCUGAGGAACUGCGAAGAAAUUCACAGGAUCUUCCACUCAGAGGGUUCAUCACAUUCGACAUGGUAGAUGAGCCACAGGAGCACCUACGUAAGCAACUAAAGGAGCUGCGAGAGCAUUGGAUCCUCAGGAUGCAGAAGCUGGAAGAGACGCUGGUUUUAUACAAAUGCCUACGAGAACUGGAGGAACUUGAGGAAUGGGUCACACAGCAGCUGCAGGCAGCCAGCUCUGAGGAUUAUGGAAAUGACCACCAGCAUGUCCUGCGCCUGAAGGCAUUGCUUGAAAAUUUCCAGCACCAAGUGGAGGCUGGUGAAGAAAGAAUCCAAGGUUGCGAGACCUUAGUGAACACACUCAUUGAUAAAGGGCAGCUGGAGUCCGAGGAAAUUGUGCAGAGAAAGAAUACGUUGAGGGGUUUAUGGAACAGUUUGCGGGAGCGAAUUCGGAAUCGGGGCCAAAGACUGUGUGAUGCUGUGGAAUUUCACAAGUGUGUCCAAGACCUGGCCGAUGCUCUGACCCACAUUGAGGGGAAGUCGAAAAGCAUCCCUGAUGAGAUUGCAAGGGACCUGCGGAGUGUUCAGGCACAGCUGCGUGUACAUGAAGCACUGGAGCAUGAGCUGUUGGGAGUUGAGCAACAGAUGCAGGAACUGCUGGAUGCAGCUGAUGGGGUACUGCACAGGUGCACGACAGAGCAGAGCGCAGUCCUGCAGGCCAAGCAGACGGCAGUGGUGGAGAACUGGGAGAGUCUCAGGAGUAAAGUGGACCAGCGAAGGGAAUCCCUGGAGAAGGCCUGUAAGAUCCAACGGUUCCUGGUACAGGUGCGGGAUUACUUCUCCUGGUCGACCGGUUUGAUGAGGGAGAUGAAAGUGGAGGAGACCACCCGGAACAGCUCCAUGACUGAUUUAAAACUAAACCAGCACCAGCAGCUCCGGGCGGAAAUUGACGCUCGUGAAGAGACUUUCAGACUUCUGCUCAGCUUAGGUCAUGAUAUCCUGCAGAUGGAGCCAACCACCUCCAGAGAGGUCAAAGACAAAGUUGAUAGUCUGCAGAAGGAGAGAUCGGAUCUGUACAGUCAGUGGGAGCUGAAGAAGGGCUGGCUGGAGAGGAUGCACCAGGAGCAGAUUUUCUUCAGAGACGCGGCGCACAUGGAAACAAUCAUGAAUUCACAGGAGGUUUACUUGAAAUCUAGUGAAUUGGGAACGACUGUGGAAACUGUGGAUUCCUUCAUCAAAUGGCAUGACGCUUUUGAGAAACUGUUGGCAACUCAGGAGGAAAAGGUGACGUCACUGCAGAAGCUGGCAGGCAAGCUCAAAGAAGAGAACUUAAAGCAUGAGGAUGCCAGUCACAUUCAGCAGAAACUCAACGCCAUCCUGGAAAGGAGGAACCAUAUUAAGGAGAUGUCACAGAGCCGUAGGAAAGACCUGAGCACUGCCCGCCUGUUGGCCCAGUUCACUCAGGACCUGACUGAGGAAGAAGACUGGAUCACAGAAAGGAUGCAGAAGUUAAAGGACACCUCUACAGACAUCAGUGACCUGCAGGGAAAACUGAAGCUGUUGCAGAAACACCAAACCUUUGAGGCUGAAAUCAUGGCCCACCAGGCCAUUAUUACAAGUGUUACAGAGAUGGGCGAGUUGCUACUAUCUGGACAUCAUCCUAAAUCCAGUGAAAUCCGCCGUAGUAUGAGGCAGCUGCUGGAGCGCUGGGAGCAACUGAAGGUGGCAGUGGCAGUGCGUGGUAAAAUGUUGGAAGAACACCGGGAUUUCCUGGAAUUCCUGCAAAAAGUCGAUCAAGUUGAAGCAUGGAUCAGAGAUAAGGAGGUGAUGAUCAAUGUGGGUGAUGUUGGCAAAGACUAUGAACACUGCUCACAGUUACAGAAGAAGCUCAACAAGUUCCAUGGAAGAGGGGACGUGACAGUGGACGAUGCUCACAUCCGGACCAUCAACAGCCUGGCCACCCACCUGGAGAGGCAGAAUAAAGAUGAUGUCCCAACGGUUCUCCGACGCAAACAACAGUUGAAUGAAAGGUGGAACAAGUUCCAGGGGAAUUUGAACAAGUAUAAGAAACAACUGGCUGCUGCUUUGGAGGUUCAUGCCUUAAUCAGAGAAAUGGAUGAAAUUAAAGAAAGAAUGGAUGAGAAGAGUUUGAUGAUGCAAGGACUUGACUAUGGCCGGGAUGUGGAAAGUGUGGAAAAGCUGAUAAGGAGACAUAAAGAAACUGAACUCGAAAUCAAAGUUAUCUGGGACAAGACAGAGGCACUGGAAGCUGAUGCUCGGCAUCUGUGCGAGUGUCACUUUCCACUAUCAGACAAGCUCAGCCUGAAGAAUGCUGAGAUGCAGGACAGCUGGUUUCAGCUAAAGGAGAAAGCCAAGCAGCGAAAGGAGAAACUAGAAGCUUCAUACCAGCUUCAGAAGUUCAACAGAACACUCCGAGAGCUGCUGGACUGGGCACAGUUGGUGAAAUCUCUGAUGGGAGAAGGGAGACUGCCAAAGAGUAAACAGGAAGCUGAGAGCAUGCUAGAGGAGCACCAAGAGAGAAAGACUGAGAUCCAAGCUAGAGAAGAGCGUUUUGAUGCUGUGAGGAACGUUGCUGUUGAGCUAGUAGCUGCAGGACACUAUGCAUCACUGGACAUCAAGCAGUCCCUUUCCAAGGUGGAGGAAACCUGGACAACUCUAAGUGAGGCCUGGCGCGAUCGUAGCAACAAGCUGGCAGAGGCAUUUGAUUUACAGGUAUUCUAUGGCUACGUGGAACAGAGCGAGACCUGGCUGAGCAGCAAGGAGGCGUUCCUGGCCAACGAAGACUAUGGGGAUUCCCUGCCCAGGGUAGAGAACUUGCAGCAAAAGCACGAACAGUUUGAAAAAGCGGUGGAGGCUCAACUGGAGAAGGUAAACAUGAUGGAGAGAUUCGCUCUGCAGCUGAAGCAGGACAAGCACUCCGAUUCUGCUCAGAUCAUCAGCAAAUGCCAGGCAAUCCUGCAGAGAAAACAAAAGUUACUGGAAAACUGUGAGCAUCGUAGGAAGCUCCUAGACCAGUCCAAACAGCUGCAGAUUUUCCUAAGAAGCUCCUAUGAGGCUGUGUCUUGGCUGAAUGAAAAGAUCAAUGUUGCCCUGGACAAGAACUGGAUGGACCCUAGCAACCUGCAGGGGAAACUGCAGAAGCACCAAACCUUUGAGACUGAGGUCAUGGCAAACCAAGACAGGAUCCGGAGCAUUGAUGCAGAAGGGGAGCAAUUGGUUAGCGAAGGACAUUACGCAGUCAAUGAGAUUGAGCCCAGGAUUAAACAGAUUCAGGACCUGUGGAAUGAAUUGGUGCAGCACUGCUGUGAGAAGAAGUCGCAGCUGAUGGACACGCUGAAGGCCCUGAACUUACAGCGGAGCAUUGAGGAUGUGGAGGAGUGGCUCAGUGAAGUGGAGAAACAGCUGGAUCAUCCAGCCCAUGGCACAGACUUGGUCUCCAUGAGGAACCUUCUCAACAAACAGCAAGACCUGGAGGAAGAUAUCAACAACUAUGUGGAAAGGAUGCAGGGGCUUCUCGACCAAUCUGAAGAGUUUGUUUGCAAAAAACACUUCCUAGCUGAGGAAAUUCAUGACAGAAUUGAUAUUGUACUCCAGAGGUAUCGGGCACUCGGUGAUCCGAUCAAGGAAAGGCGCAAGAGACUGGAGGCAAGCAUGCUGCUUUAUCAGUUCUUCCGGGACCUUGACGCUGAGCUGGCCUGGGUUCAGGAGAAGAUCCAAGUGGCUUCAGCCAAGGAAAUGGGACAAUCUCUGAACGCUGUGCAGAACUUGCAGAAGAAGCAUCAGGCUCUGCAGAGUGAGAUCAGCUGCCAUGACUCCCUGAUCAACGACGUGCUGGAAACAGGACAGAAUCUUGCAAAGAGCGGGCAUUUUGCCUCGCGAGAGAUUUCAAAGAGGCUGUGGGAGUUGAAGGAUGCUGUGGAGACACUGAAAGAGGAAGCGGAGAAGAGAAGCAAGUUGCUGAAUGAGGCGUAUGCAGCACAACUCUUCCUCUCUGAGCUGCUGGAGGCUGAGUUAUGGAUGGAAGAGAAGAGACCACAGCUGGAGAGCACAGACUACGGGAAGGACGAGAGCACUACUCAGAUGCUGCUGAAGAAGCUGGAAAAUACAGACGUGGACCUGGUCAGCUACAAAUCCAUAAUGUUCAAACUGAAGGAAAUGGGGAAUAAUCUGACCAGCAUGAACCAUCCUGACAGACAAGCCAUAACGAAACGGCUCCAGGAUGUGGAGAGUGCGUAUGAGACACUCCUGCUUUUGGCAGGAAAACUUCGGAAGAGGCUUUUGCACCGGUACCAGCUCUAUCAGUUUGAACAGGAGGUGCAGGAAAUAGCCACGUGGCUCUCCAGCAAGCAACGCCUGGCAGACUCAGACGACUAUGGUCAGGAUCUGGAAGAUGUGGAGAUACUGCAGAAGAAGUUUGAGCAUUUGGAGCAAGAGCUGAGCAGCCUGGGCCAGAAUAAAAUAUCUGCUUUCCACGAGCUGGUCAAAUCACUCAAGAGGCAGGCCCACAGCUUCAUGGAGCAGGUGAUGGAUCAGGCCGAUCAGAUUAAUCAACAGUGGGACAACCUACAGCAAGCGGUCAGGAAUCGGGCAGAGAAUCUGAGAGCAGCACACCAAGUUCACCAGUUCGACUAUGAUGUGUCUGACCUGAAGGCCUGGAUCCAGGAGAAGGACAGCACACUGGGCACAGACGACCUGGGUCACGAUUUGAAUUGUGUACAAAUGUUGCUACGACAGCAUGAAGGUGUGGAGAGGGAGCUGGAAGCCAUAAGAGGCGAAGUUGAACGAAUCGGCGAGGAAGCCAGGAGGUUGUCUGAGAUACACCCUCACAUCAGGGAGAACCUGCAAGAACGCCUGGAAGAGGUGGCAAAGUCCUGGGGCAACCUGCAUCAGAAAGCCAGGGACUGGAAGGAGAAGCUGAUCGAAGCUGAGCAAAUCCAGGCUUACGUCAGCGACUGCCGGGUUUUCACGUCCUGGGUGAAUGAGAUGGACACACUGCUGGACGCAGAAGAGCAGGCCAGGGGGUCUGUGAGUGCUGACCAGCUCUACAAACGUCACAAGGAGUACAAGCGAGAGAUUGACAAACAGAAAGCCAAAUACGAGGAGCUGCUAACAAUCGGAACUGAGCUGAGGGAAAAUAGGCACAUCCUGUCCAAAGAGGUUGACGAGAGGUUGACUGAAAUGUCUGAGCAGAUGAAUCAGGUGAUGAAGAAGUGGGAGAUACAAGAAGCCCUGUAUGAGGAGGAACUGUGGAAGCAGGCACAGCUCAGGGAGCUCGAGCUAAUGGCUGCGUGGCUGGGCUCCAAAGAAGGGCUUAUAUCCAGCAAAAACUUUGGGGACUCUGUCAGUGAGGUGGAAGAUUUAAUUAAGAAGCAUGAAGAUUUUGAGAAGAUGCUGGCAGCUCAAGAUGAGAAGUUUGGUCAACUAGAAAAGGGAGAAAGGUUCCACAAGAACACAAGCAUAAAGGAAACAGAAAAGAAAGUGGCUCAAGUUCCUUCCCUGAAGAGAAAGGGGUCAGACAAGAAGACAACGCCAUUGAGGAUCUAUGGAAGAACCAACUCAGACACAGGGAAGAUACCAAAAUCCUGGUCAAAAGAGAUAGUCAUGAGUCCUGCUCUAAGGUCCCCCUCAACCUCAGAACGUUUCUUCUCCCCUGGCAUAAAGGCUGUAACCCCUCUCAAAAAUUUAGAUGUUGCCAGUGAUCAAAGACAGACCAUCGUUCAGUCACCUUUGUCACCAAGAUCUUCCCCAUUUUGUGGUUCUGAAGUUGACAGUCCCACAAAGAGGCUAUCAAAUCCAACAAGGCCUGUACAAGACAUCAUACGUAAAUCAUUUUCCAAUACUCCUUCAAGAUCUUCCCUGGAGGAAUCAUCUCAAGAUCUCACUUCGCCACCAAGAGAGAACAUCACGACUGAGUCACCCACUCAAUCUCAGUCCCAAAGCCUCCUGCCCAAAUCUGCAACACGCAGGUCUCAAAGGAAGCAGCAUUCCUCCGAGGACAACGUCGCCGGAGACUGGCCAGAACAAAACGGAUCUACCGAAAGCAGCUCUGUAGACCCUGUGCCCAUCCCAAAGGAGAGGUCAGAGUCCGACCCACCUGAGGAUGCAGAUUCAGCAUCAUUCUUGAAGGGUCAGAACGAUCCUCAGCAGCCAGACUCCACAGGACAACAAAACAAUGACCAGGAUGUUGCAGAAUUCCAGACCAUGGAGGGCACACUCUGCUGGAAGCAUAUCCUGCAAUCCGAUGGGACUAAGACUGACCCCAAAGCCUGGGAUACCUGUUUCGUGACUCUAGCAAAGCAAGUUCUCUGCUUCUAUGCGAACAGGACUGAGAGUUUGAAGGAUUCCCCUUUUUCACCAUCCCUCGGUGUCGCUGAUGCCACGUGUGGGGAGGCUGCUGAUUCCACGAAGGAGCACACAUUCCGGCUACGGCUCAGCGAUGGGGCGGAAUAUCUUUUCUCUGCUCCUUCGGACACUCUGAUGGAUGAGUGGAUUCAAAAGAUCAGGAACAGCACAGGGUCCUCUGCCAAUGGCUCAUCUCCUCCACAAUCUCCACAACAAUCCUGGGAACCGUCCCCGGUGAAGCCACUCCUCUCUGCAGAUACAUCUAAAAAGACAGGAACCUCCCCGGCCAAGAUGGGAAGCAGCAAAGAUUUCCUCCCCAGGAGAACUCCAUCUUUCAGAGUUAAGCGAGACGCUUCAUCCAAUCCACUGGAGAGAAGGGACGCCCUGGCCCGACAACCAAAAACCGACACCCUGCCGGGAACGGACAUGUCAGGAGGUCCCUUGGUACCUCAAACAAGUGACUCAGCAAAAGAUGAGAAUUUGUCGUCAAAUCCCCCACCAAAACCUCCGCACACCUAUUACAACACUCACCCGUACCCAGAGGCUGGGGAACAGCUGAAAGCAGGUAGUAGCAAGACCCUGGGAAGUACCCCUGACCUGCGGGUGGAGUACAGGGAGCCCAGUGGCUCCAAAAAUCGAGAGUUGAAUGACAACCGGAGGAAGACCUGGGGCUCAGAGUCGGUGGAGGCAGAGAGCAGCACACCAGCAUUGGACCAGACACAAAACAUGGACACUGAGGGCAAGAAGAAGAAGAAAAACAUCUUCAAGAACUUCUUUGGAAAGAAGUAACUUGAAGAUACCCCUGUCUCAUUCUUUGACUGUAAUAUAUUUAAUUGGGAUUUGCGCAGGGCCAGAUUUCACCUGGGCAUGGCAGGUGAUCAAUAUGGAGCCUGUGUUGUAAAUGUGUCCACCUGGCUCUGCGGGUUAGCUCUCUCCAAAGCUAGUGAUGGGUGAACUUGAUGAAAAUAAAGCAAAGAGAUGAAUGGAAGAUCCAUUCCAAAUCACAAAAUCAAAUCUAGAUAAGUGUGUGGUGAAAUGGAUGUUUUUUUUCCAUCUUUUGUAAUUAUCAACUAAGAAGCUUGUAAAUAUUGAUACCCUGGUUCACCAGGCAAUAGAGAAGGCAAAUAUAACAUUCCCUUUCACUGCAAGGGAUUUGAAUGCUUGCUACAAUUGCACAGGUACCUGGUGAGCUCACACCAGACAUAUUGUGUGGUUCUGGCCUCUACAAAAGGAAGAAAAUAGUGCUGCAUUAGCUCCAUGAGGAGAGAACAAAUGAGUCUGACCCAUAUUCGCUGUCUUUUAGAUCAAUGAAAACUCACCUCAAUAAACUCAAGCUCCUGACAGGUCUGCAAUUAGGGGUUGAGGUUUCUGCAAUGAGAAAAGAGAGAUUGUAAAUCUUUGUCAUUCUUUGGUUGCUGAUCACUAUAGUCAUUAAAUUCUUGGAUACAAAAGAAGUCUAGAAAAUGGAUGGGAAUGGGUUAUGGAUCUUAUUGAAUGGGAGGGCGAAUCUGAAGAGCUGCUGACCUACUCCUCCUCCUGUCUUAUGUCUGAUCUGCUUUCUGUCUGAUCCCCAUCAACAUGUUGAUUUGGGUAAUGUUUUCCAAAACUAAUUGUGAAAUUAUUGCUGCUUUGGAAUAUAGGGACAUAAUUGAAAUGUAGACAGGUUCUGCCUCUGGGUCAGUUCACUUUGGUGCAUGCUGCAUUGUUCAACUUGAAGAUGAAAGAAGUGAAUUAAUCUGCAGUGUCCUGUAAAUUGGAAUAUGGCUGCUUAAUCCCCAUGCAAGGUUAACUCUUCCCAUGGGCUAGCAGGAAGAAAUCCCAUUCCUGCUGGACUUCACACAGCCUGUGGUUAGACAGCCACAUAUCAGUUUUUACUAGAGUGGGAACGGUUCAGGUGGGUGCUUCAGAGGACUAUCAGCCUCCUGUACCUCUGGGGAACGGUGACAGCUAGAUGCUUACCUGAGACAGUAAACUUCGAUUGACUGUUUUAACCAGGCCAAGCCCCCGGUAUCAAGCAAUGUCAUUCUCUCAUUGUCAAAAUUUUAAAAAUUAAAAAUGAGUUUUGCAUGGAAUUGUUUGUGCUGUU